AUGGAAGGCACUAGCCAUGGAGAGAUCUUCCAUCAUGUUAUCACAAUCAUGGAAGAAAAAAUCAAUCAACCGCCUAGACGGUUGAGUGAAAAUGCCGGUAACGAGUUUUGUUGCAUUUUUCGAGUCCCCGAAAGCUUUGUUGGGAUCAAUAAAAAGGCUUAUCAACCGCACAUUGUUUCCAUCGGUCCUUACCAUUACGGGAAAGAUCAUCUCGAGAUGAUGCAAGAGCAUAAAUGGAGGUUCUUGGGAUCGUUCCUUCGUCGAACACAGAGACACAAUGUUGACCUCGUUCGCCUAUUUCGAGCUGUGGAACAGAUGGAAGAAAGGAUAAGGGAAUGCUACUCAGAAAUGAUCGAAAUCGACAAAAACAGUCUCGUCAAGAUGAUGGUUCUCGACGGAUGUUUCGUUGUGGAACUCUUUUGUAUUGUUGGAGGGUUAUCGGAUACUAAUAUUGAUGAUCCAAUCUUUAAUAUGCAAUGGAUUUUGACGUUUAUAAUGCGUGAUCUUCUUAGGCUAGAAAAUCAAAUCCCCUUUUUCGUACUCGAAACAUUGUUCAAACUAUCGAUUUCGGGUUCAGAUCGAAAAAAUGUUCGUUCGUUAACUCAGCUUAGCCUCGAGUUUUUUAAUUACAUGGUACAAAGACCCGUCGAAGUCAUCGAGAAUCAUGCUGAUCUUAUCGGAAAACAUUUACUCGAUCUAUUUCGUAUGAGUUUUCUCCCAUCUUCUUCUCAAGUAACACCAAGAAAUCGUACUACUUCUUCUUCUGGAGAACUGUCUAGGAACACUAGUUCUACCGAGAGAACAUCAACGAUUAGUACUUGCCUGUCCGAAGAAACAUCGAAAAUGAGUACUAGUUCAACCGAAGAACCAUCGACAUUCCUUCAAUUGAUCCCGUCGGCCAAAAAGCUUCACCUAGCCGGGAUUCAAUUCAAGCCGGGGAAAAGCGAUAGCUUCUUAGACGUUAAAUUCAACAACGGCGUGCUUCAAAUCCCGCUCCUCACCAUUGAUGAUUUCUCGAGCUCGGUCUUCCUCAAUUGCGUCGCUUUUGAGCAAUGUUACCACUACAUAACGAACCAUGUAACGACGUACGCGACCUUCAUGGGAUGUUUAAUCAACACGCCGAGUGACGCCGGGUUCUUAUGUGACCACAAAAUCAUCGAGAACUACUUCGGGACCGACGAAGAAAUCGCUCGCUUCUUUAAUAACAUACGCAAGGACGUGGCAUUCGACAUAGAGAAGAGUUACCUAUCUAAACUUUUUGAGGACGUUAAUGAGUAUUAUCGGAACGAUUGGCAUGUCCGAUGGGCCGGAUUCAAGCACACGUAUUUUGACACGCCAUGGUCUUUCAUGUCGGCCAUGGCUGCCCUUAUACUCUUAAUAUUGACCUUGAUUCAAGCCUUCUUUGGUAUGUAUCCUUACAUUUUUCCUCGAAAGAGUCCGAAAUAA